AUGCAUCUGCCCGACCUGCCCAGUCAAGCUCAAAUGGAAGAUAACGUCUGCUCAAGCUUUCAGGCUCGACUGAGCCAGGAAAAGAACUGUGAUCUGCAUCUACACAUGGACCCCGAUCCGAGAGUUCAGGUUGAACUGGAGAAUCUAAACACGUCGACGGAGUUCAUCAACAAACUUGAAUUAGAACUUGAGAAGGCGCGAAGUGAAUUCAACAAACUGCUCUGUGAUUCCACCCAAAAGAUUGAGGCACUUUCCAAGAAGCUAGGCUCAUCAAUCAACAAAGCUCGGCCGUACUACGAGGCACGCAUCACCGCCAGUGAGCUGCAUCAUAAGGCGCAGACAGAGGCGUUGCGCUACGAGCAGGCCACCGAGGCGCACAACCGGGCCAAGGAGGUGGUCCAUCUGGCCGAACAGAAUCUGAGCAGUGAUGAUGGAGGCGGCGGCGGCACAGAAAGUGCCACUGCCAACUCCAAACUAGAGGUGCUGCUCACCAGGUCGGCGGAGAAGGUGAACCAGUCAGAGCUGGAGAGGUUGUCUGCCCAGCGAGAGCACGAGAUCACCUCCAGGGCGUACAACCACACCGAACAGCGACUGUCAAAGCUGCACAAACAGCUAAAGCGGUCCAUCGUCAAGGCAAGUUUGGAGACUAGACGUAACUUGUUAGACUUAAAUAACUAUGCGAAUCAGCACCAGUUGCAAUUAUUACCAUAUUUCGAAAUGAAGGCGCAGUUUAACCAAAUGCUCGAUGAACAAAUAUGCAAAAUCAGCUCAUACGAAUCGAGAGUGAACAAAGCAAAGGCAAACUACACAAAGGCGCUGCAACGACUUGAAGAGCUGAACAGCAAAAUCUACGAUACCUCAACCUGCGAGCUGAGCACCGCCGAAGAGGAGUACCUGCCCUUUUCCGGCUCGGCGACCAGCUCGCAAACAACUGCUCACAAUGGUGCUUCGGUUUUUGAAGGUGAAGCUGUUACUGGUAGUGAGUUUUGUCCUCAGCACCAUAAACCAGUUGAAGUUUCAGUUACACCUGAAAAUGAUGUGGUAGUCGAAACUUCAGAAAAUGAUAAAGAAGAAGUAAGGACGACCAGCACCACAGACGCUAAAGUCACUCCCACAACUUCCACCACCACCGCUACUGCCUCAACUACUGAUCCUCGAUCAGGCGCUGUCUUUAAGGGCUGUCAAGUGCUCGAUGAACUCCUGCUGGAGGACAACAUAGAGUCGACACUUGAGCAGCUAAAGAGUCAGUGCCUAUCGUGA